AUGAGUGCCUCGCGUGCUAUCGGAGGCUCCUCGAGGCUUCUCAGCAAUCUAGUACGCUCUCCAAACUCGGCUCUCGCGCGGCACUGGGUUUGCCGGCGAUGCGCUUCCACUGCAGUUCUCCCGACGUUGUCCCCGGGCCUGAGGGCGCAGUCGAAACAAUGGCCGCUGGACCGACGAUGGCAGCAACGGCGAGGUGCGGCGGGCGCGGCGGCUGCAAUGCUCGAAGAAGCUCAAGAUGAUCCCGAGGCCCUCUCGCAAGAAACCAUUAUUGACAAUUUGUCGCCGGAGGAGGCACAUCGUCUGUCAAGAGUACGAAACAUUGGUAUUGCGGCACACAUUGAUUCUGGCAAAACGACGGCGACAGAACGAGUCCUCUUUUACACGGGCCGGAUUAAAUCCAUUCAUGAAGUCCGCGGUAAGGAUGCGGUAGGAGCAAAAAUGGACUCGAUGGAACUUGAAAGAGAAAAGGGCAUCACUAUUCAGUCUGCAGCCACUUUCUGUGACUGGGUUAAAAAGGAGAAUGGCAAGGAAGAAAAGUACCACAUUAACUUGAUCGACACUCCCGGACACAUUGACUUCACUAUCGAGGUGGAGCGUGCACUCCGAGUACUUGAUGGCGCUGUCAUGAUUUUAUGUGCUGUGUCUGGAGUCCAGAGCCAAACUAUCACUGUCGACCGACAGAUGAGGAGAUACAAUGUGCCCAGAAUCAGUUUCAUCAACAAAAUGGACAGAAUGGGCGCGAAUCCAUGGAAAGCGGUCGAUCAGAUCAACAAGAAGCUCAAAAUUGCCGCUGCCGCUGUACAGGUGCCUAUAGGCGCUGAAGAUGAGUUCCGCGGCGUGGUCGACCUGAUCACCAUGAAGACGUACUAUGCUGAGGGCGAACGCGGUGAGAUCAUCGUCACCAAGGACGAAAUUCCGGCCGAGGUUCAGGAGCUCGCAAAACAGAGAAGAGCAAAGCUGAUCGAAACACUUGCCGAUGUCGAUGACGAGAUUGCCAACUUGUUCUUGGAUGAACAGGAGCCUACGGUCGAGCAGCUGAAAGCCGCCAUUCGCAGGGCUACCAUCUCGCUCAAAUUCACACCCGUCUUUAUAGGAUCCGCUCUCGCCGACAAAUUCAUCCAGCCAAUGCUCGACGGCGUCUGCGAUUAUCUCCCGAAUCCCGCCGAGGUGUCAAACACCGCUCUAGAUCGAAGACAGAAGGAGGCUCCUGUCAAGCUUGUACCUUACAACUCGCUACCCUUUGUCGGUCUGGCGUUCAAGUUGGAAGAAUCCAACUUUGGACAACUCACCUACAUACGCGUGUACCAAGGCAAAUUGCGGAAAGGCCUGAACGUGUUCAAUGCUCGGACUGACAAGAGAGUUAAGAUCCCACGUAUUGUUCGCAUGCACUCGAACGAGAUGGAGGAAGUAAACGAAGUCGGGGCCGGAGAGAUCUGUGCGGUGUUUGGAGUUGAUUGUGCAUCGGGAGAUACCUUCACAGACGGCCAAUUGGGUUAUACCAUGACCAGCAUGUUUGUGCCUGAACCGGUCGUCUCUCUCAGCAUCAAGCCGAAGAACAACAAAGACUUGCCCAACUUCUCCAAAGCCAUUGCGCGCUUCCAGCGCGAGGAUCCCACAUUCCGAGUCCAUUUCGACACCGAGAGCGAGCAGACAAUCAUCUCUGGCAUGGGCGAGCUCCACCUAGAAGUCUACGUCGAGCGUAUGCGCCGAGAAUACAAGGUCGAUUGUGAAACAGGUCCACCUCGCGUUGCUUACCGUGAAACCAUCACCAAACGUGUCGAAUUCAACCAUCUACUCAAGAAACAAACCGGCGGUGCAGGUGAUUAUGCUCGUGUUGCUGGUUAUAUGGAGCCAAAGGGUAACCUCGAGGGCAACCACUUUGAAGAACACAUUAUUGGCGGUGCCAUUUCCGAGAAGUUUCUUUUCGCUUGUGAAAAAGGGUUCCACUUGUCUUGCGAAAAGGGUCCCUUGGUUGGACACAAAGUCCUCGGCGCGACCAUGGUCAUCAAUGAUGGUGCAACACACAUGACUGAUUCCAGCGAAAUGGCAUUCAAAAACGCUACGCAGCAGGCCUUCCGAAAGGCGUUCAUGGACGCUGACCCUGUUGUACUGGAGCCGAUGAUGAAGACCGUGGUGACAGCCCCGACCGAGUUUCAAGGCAACGUGGUCGGGUUGUUGCAAAAGCGUAAUGCGGUGAUCAACGAUACCGAAGUUGGCGUGGAUGAUUUUACGGUCUGGGCCGACACAAGUCUCAACGGUAUGUUUGGAUUCAGUGGUAACCUCCGAGCGGCGACGCAAGGCAAGGGUGAGUUCAGCAUGGAGUUCAGCCAUUACGAGCGCGCUCCAAUGCAGCUGCAGAAGGAAUUGCAGUCUGAGUACCUAAAGGCUCAGGCGGAGAGGAACAAGAAAUGA